AUGGGUUUCGUUCGGUUUUUGAAGACCCGGUCUGGGUUGCGGGUCGACAAUACCAAGACUACAUCGGCAGCAAAUUUGACAUUACGACAGAGUCUUUGGCCUCUGAUGCUCGUCACUAUACUCUUUUUUUUAUGGGUUACACUCAACAUUACGCGAACACGAAGUUCCGGACUGCAGGCCGCAUAUUUUGGUGCCUACCCUCUCGCUUCCCUAGGCUACGCAAACUGGCUACUCCGACACUACGGAUAUAAGCUCGUCUUUAUCUUCGGUCUGGUUCUUUAUGGUAUCGGAGCGCUGUGCAUGUGGCCUGCUGGUCUGAACCGAUCAUUCGGAGGUUUUUGUGCCGCUACAUUCGUCAUCGGGUCAGGGCUUGGGUCGCUCGAGACAGCAGCCAAUCCGUACCUUGCAGUCUGUGGCCCUCCAAAGUAUGCCGAAAUCCGAAUCAACCUAGCCCAAGCAUUCAAUGGAAUCGGCACAGUCGUUGCGCCCGCCCUUGCCUCGUACGUGUUUUUCACCGACACAGAGGACUCGGUCGACGCUUUGAAACGCGUGCAGUGGGUGUACCUUGCCAUUGGUAUCUUCGUUUUCGUGUUGGCAGCAGUUUUCUUCAUGUCCACCAUCCCCGAAGUGACAGAUCAGGAUAUGGCAUUCCAGGUCGCCACUACGCACGUCGAUGAACAGGACAAGCCAUUCUGGAAGCAGUAUAAGUUGUUCCAUGCCACUUUCGCGCAAUUUACGUACACUGGCGCCCAAGUCGCCAUAGCCUCCUAUUUUAUUAACUACGCAACCGAAACCUGGCCCGCGGUCGACAACUCGACGGGUUCUAAAUAUCUUGCCGGCGCACAGGCAGCCUUUACCGUUGGGCGGUUCCUAGGUGCCUUCUUAAUGAAAUAUAUCCGCCCGCGAUGGGUCUUCCUCGGCUACAUUUCUGGUGUCGUCGCCUUCUGCGCAGCGUCUACAACACAGCGCAACGAGACUGGCGUCGCCAUGCUCUUCCUAACCCUGUUCUUCGAAUCAGUAUGCUUCCCCACCAUCGUCGCAUUGGGUAUCCGCGGGCUGGGACGGCAUUACAAGCGUGGGUCCGGCUUCAUUGUGGGUGGUGUCAGUGGUGGCGCGGCGAUCCCACCGCUGCUUGCACAUGUUGCGGAUUUGCGCAAUGAUACGGGGUUUGCGUUUAUCGUGCCGACGAUGUUUAUGGUUCUUGCGUGGACUUAUGCUGUUGCAGUGAAUUUUGUUCCAGCAUAUAGGGACACCGUUGAUAAGGUGGGGAGUAGCGACAUUGGACUUACAGGGAGCGCACUUGAUAAUGGGGGAAAGAAGGAUGGGAAGGAUGUUGAGGCUCUGGGGGUUGUCGAGAAGGGGGAGGUCGUUCAUGUUUAG